AACUCUCUCUUCCUAGGGAGGUGGCCAUGGCUGCUUCUUGGGGCCCCGUCGUGGAGCUCUGCGAGGAAACCACUUGCUCCAUCUGCCUGGAGUAUUUCCAGGAUCCAGUGAUCAUCCCGGAGUGUGGGCACAACUUCUGCCGAGCCUGCCUGACCCAGCAUUGGGGGAAAUCCGAAGCAAAGGCUUCCUGCCCUCAGUGCAGGAAAACGGUGGAGCAAGGCAGCAUCAGCCGAAACCUGCAGCUGGCAAAUGUUGUGGAAAUAACUAAGAAAUUAGGUAAAAAGGAGGCAGAAGGAAAGGGGAGCGUUUGUGAGAAGCACAAGGAGCCCCUGAAGCUGUUCUGUAAGGAGGAUGAAGCCCGCAUCUGUGUUGUGUGUGACAGAUCCAAGGAGCACAAAAGCCACGAGGUGGUUCCUAUAGAGGAGGCAUAUCCGGAAUACAAGGAUCAGAUCAGCAGCUGCCUAGACAAUGUGACGAAGGAACGAGAUAAAAUUCUGGUAUUUAAAAAAGAUGCAGAAAAGGAAAGCCAAGACCUGCUUAAGCAACUGGAAGCAGAGAGGGAAAAGCUGGUGGCUGAGAUAAGGCAGAUGCACCAGUUUCUGGAAGAAAAAGAGAAGCUUCUGGCCCAGAUGGCGAAAGUGAAGAAGGAGAUUGCAAAGAAAAGGGAGGAGCACCUGGACAGACUCUCCGGGAAACUCUCCUCUUUUGAAAGCGCCAUUCAGGAGAUGGAGGAGAAGCUUCAGGAACCAGCCAGUGAACUCCUGCAGGAUAUCAGAAGCUUCUUGCAGAGGUCUCAGGCGAAGGAGAACUUAGAUGAUCCUCCUGUGGCUUUUCCUCCUGCCCUGAAGUGGAAGAUCUGGGACUUCUGUGAUAUAAAUCCCUUCCUGGAUGGAGUCAUGAAGAAAUUCAGAGACAUUGUGGAACAUGGACUUCAGCUGCGAAAAGACACUUUGGAAUAUGGACUUCAGCUCCAAGAAGAAAACAUAACUUUGGAUCCAGACACAGCACAUCCCAUGCUUAUCCUGUCCAAGGAUCGAAAGAGUGUGAGAAAGGGAGAAGUGUGUCAAUACCUGCCAAACAACCCUGAGAGAUUUGACACACUUACCUACGUGCUGGGAUGUGAGAGUUUCUCAUCAGGCAGACAUUUCUGGGAAGUCACUGUGGGGAGUGAAGAGAACUGGUCCGUGGGGGUGGCCAGAGAGUCUGUGAAGAGGAAAGGCAAUUUCACCCCUGGUCCUAAGGAAGGGGUUUGGCGCAUAGGGAACUGGGGUGAUCAAUACAGGGUCUCCGGACACACUGGGUGCCCUGUUCCCCUGCUGGGUGGGGAGCCCAAGAGGAUCCGAGUGGCCCUGAACUGUGAAGGGGGACGGGUGUCCUUUUACGAUGCUGAUACAGCAGCCCUCCUCCACUCAUUCUCAGAAGCCUCCUUCUCUGAAGAGACUCUCCAGCCCUUUUUUUCUGUGAGCAAGAAAGCAAACCUGACACUCUCUUAACUGAGGGUGGAGACAGACAAGCGUAUAUUCAUUGCCAUCAUGACAUAUCCAGUCUCCUCUUCAGGACUGAGCUGACAAGCACUUGAGAAACCAUAUUUGCAGAACUGUGAUUGGCCAUCCCUUGUGUCAAUCAUGAUGCAUCUCUCCCUUCUCAGGCCAGCUUUGUCAAUGAUACUGAUUGAUUGGGUCCCCUGUCAGUCCCUGUUUUCUCUCCCUUGGGAAUCAGCUACUUCUGUCAGUGCAGGAGGUGCAAAGGGGGAAAGAAGCAAGAAAAUAAUUUAGGAAACAACAACAACCUUACACACCCUCCUGUUUCGAUGUAGUUCUCUCUCCAACCUCCAAUUCUGACAAUUUUUCUACAGACAAUACGAUCAUCUUUUCUGAAUAACAUCAGAAUUAUGCACAAACAUCACUUAAAACCUUCCUCAGCCUCAAUCCUGAACUCAGAUUCCAUUUUCUUCCUUCAAUACCUCCACUGGCCAUGGAGAUGGAAGUUCGAAAAUCCCUUUUUUUUGCUACUCCUCAGGGAAGCUUCUGUGGCAAUUCAGCAAAAUCUCCAUAUUUAAAGAGACCUUUUUGUGAGUUGAGUACAGUCAGCCCAAAAUUCACAGCCUGGAGCCCUUCCUCAAAACACAAAUUAAUAAAUAGAUAGAGGGCUAGAGAUGAGGAAAAACUGUUUGAAGGGACUCUGAGAUCUCAGAAAAGUCUUCUGUGCCCAGAAAGCAAUUGGGGUGUGUGUGUGGCUUUGGCAGUGGGGAAAGGGUUUCUAAGUCCACCUUGCUUACUACCGUAGGAAGGUCAAGAUCUCUGACUUCAGACAAGUGGGAUGGUUUUUUAGGGGGCAUUUUCGGGGGUCUUCCUGACUUACACUAUAUUGCCUUUGCAUGCUGACCCCAGAAACAUAACCCACCCACCCCCUUGCAGGUUUCGAACCUCAAUGUAACAAAAUCCCCUCUGACAGUGAAGAGCCUCUGUCAGAUGUUCUGAGGAAAUAAAAGUGACAAUCCAGACUGGAUUUCUGACGGGGUAAAUUCCCAUGUAUACAAUUAUUUUCUCCAAGAUGCUUUGUAGAGAACAAUCAGAUACUUACCUGUAUUUUUUAGAGAUAACCUCUUAUUAUCCUUUUGAGUAAUGGGCCUGAAAGAAUUUGGGGGUAUGUUUCCUGUGCUAAUGUGUUUGAUUCUAUUAAAGAUUAUACUUCUUGUUGCUCCGGUGUUGUUUCAAACUCAAUAAUAUAAUAUGCAUUCCCCAUGACACUUUCUUCAGGGAUUUUAGGAGGGUGAUAUCCUGUUUUAUCCUCAGAGAAACCCUGUGAGAUAGAAGAGGCUGAGCUGAGAGACUUAGAAAAAGGAGACACAUUAAAGUUUAUGGUCAAAGGGGAUUUGAACCAGGGCCUUGUCAUCCCAAGUCCUACAAACUCUGCACUCAAAAUCUGAAAUCUUAAGAAGGGUAAGAGUCCCUUCAGAGAUGUGCUUGAAAGCCCGCCCUGCAAAGUUCCUCUACAGUGAUACCUCCGGUUACGAACGUAAUUCGUUCCGGAGGUCCAUUCUUAAGCGGAAACAUUUCUUAACAUGAGGCUUGUUUUCGCUAAGGGGGCAUACUGCUGCCGCCACACUGCCAGCAUGCGAUUUCCGCCUACAGUCCUGUGCCCACUUCCCUGGGAUAAGUCCCUUUGAGCUUACUCUUGAAUAGACAUGGGAGUGCCCUCUAUUUGCUGGAGAUAAAAAGGAUUAGCUAACAGGUUUUGGCGAUUGUCUAGAGAAAGGACUUCUUCACACAUAUGGUUUGGACCACUGGCUUACACACCCUUUCAAAGUUGGUGAGACGAACGUUUGAGACCAAAAGCCCUUUCCUGUUGUUCACCUCCACAACUUCAGCUUAUUCAGAGGUAGACUGCCUCUGCACCAGGAGGUUUCAUUGAGCAGGAUGCUGUGCUCUGUCCCCUGUGACAUUUCAGCCCUUGCUUCAGCUCUGGACUGCAGCACAUCUCCAACUCCACUGAUAUCCUGCCCUGUUGAAAGGGAAGUACGGUGUGGGAGACAGGGAAAAAAGGAUAAAUGGCACACAGAGAAGUAAGGUGGUGAAGGUGCUGUGUGCCAGCCCUUCCAACCCGAGGAACUGAUCUCCUAUCUGCUGCGAUUCAUGCCAGGCUUGCUGUGGAUAAAGUUCCUCUCAUCCAUGACUUGAUGGUGGAUGAGCAGGCUGGUUUGGUCUAUUCCUGAGUCCUUAAUGGGUAAACAAGGUGGAGUUAGUCUCACCCAAUUGUGCCCACCUGGGUACCCGGUGCAGCACCAGGGAAGACUUGAGAGGCAGCGAGUGGGGAGGGGUUUACUGUGGUCUAUAGAGAUUCUCUUUCUCUCUCCAACUGAAUGGGGAUCUAGAGUGUUUGUUCCCAGCACUGAGCAAUUGGGACAGAUUUGGGAUUCUGCUGGUUUCCCGCCUGCCUCGCUUCCCAGCAGUCUCCCUGCCUGAGAGGUAGAGUUCAUCUUGGUGGCAGAGUUGAGGGCUCCCAGGCUGCUGUGCCUGUGAAGUAUUUCUCAUCAUGUGCUAAUUGUGCUGCUUAAUCUGCCACAAACUGAUGAAGCUUUAUGGCGAAACCUGUUAGUAAUCCGGAGGACAGGUCUUCUUCCUGUGUCUGUAUCCUCUGGGUGGUGACUAUGCAAGACCCACUGAAACAUUCUUCAUCCACCCUCUUCGAUUACAUCUAGGAGGUUUCU